GAAGCUAAGAAACUGCGAGCUAGACGACGACGACGACAACGACCACGAUGAUGAUGGACAGCACUAGAAUUCUGGAGUUCUUGAAGGGGAAGAGCAUCCUCAUCACCGGAUCCACCGGCUUUUUGGCGAAGAUCUUUGUGGAGAAGCUGCUGAGGGUCCAGCCGGAAGUGAAGCGGCUCUUCCUUCUCAUCAGGGCGGCCGACGCUAUAUCGGCCGCACAGCAGCGCUUGCAAAAUGAGAUACUCGACAAGGAUUUGUUCAGGAUCUUGAAGGAGAAGCACGGCGAUGGGUUCCCGGCGUUCGCGGCGAGCAAGCUGUGCCCCGUGGCCGGGGAUAUCACCUAUCCAAAUUUGGGGAUUCAAGACCCCGAUCUCCAAGAGAAAUUGUGCAAUGAAGUCGAGAUCGUCGUCAAUGUUGCGGCCACCACGAACUUCUACGAUAGAUACGAUGUCGCUUUGAGUAUAAACGUGCUCGGAGCUAAGCGUGUGCUGGAAUUCGCGAGACGGUGCGCGAAACUGGAAAUGCUCCUUCAUGUUUCCACCGCUUAUGUGGUGGGAGAACAAAGCGGGCUCAUACUGGAGAAGAGAUUCGGAAUGGGGGAGACUCUCCGAGGAGGCUCCGAUCAUUAUCUCGACAUAGAGGCAGAAAUAGAGUUGGCGGAGACGAGGAAGAUGGAGCUGCAAGCCGAUCCCAAUGUCACUGAAGCAGCCCAGAGGCAAGCAAUGAAGGAAUUAGGCCUGAAAAGAGCGAAGUUGUUUGGGUGGCCAAACACCUAUGUCUUCACCAAGGCGAUGGGCGAGAUGGUCCUCGGGCAUCUGCGGCCGGCCGAGCUGCCUCUGGUCAUUCUGCGGCCGACCAUCAUACUGAGUACACUCAGAGAGCCCCUGCCUGGUUGGAUCGAGGGAACCAGGACCGUGGACAGCCUGAUCAUUGGGUACGCCAAGGGGAAGCUGUCGUGCCUGUUCGGAGACCUGGACCUGAUCAGCGACGUGGUGAGUGGUGGAUCGUCCUUGAGCUUUGUUAUGUUUAUUUUUGGUAUUGGCAUAUCGUCGAACAGGUUGAGUGCGGACGUGCAGAUACCGGGAGACAUGGUGGUGAACGCGAUGGCGGCGGCGAUGGCGGCGCACGCGGGAGAAGGGGGCGAGUUCAUCUACCACGUCGGGUCGUCGGUGAGGAACCCGGUGGCGUUCUCGCUGAUAGAGCAGUGCGGGUUCCGAUACUUCCUGGAGAACCCUCGCGUGACGAAGAGCGGAAAGACGAGGAAGACGAAGAGGAUGCCGGUGUUCAAGAACAUGUUCUUCUUCCGUGCCUUCAUGGCUCUCAGAUUCAAGCUCCCUCUAGAGUUAAUGCACCUUGUGAGUCUCCUCUCGGGCGGAGCCAUCUUCGCGAGCGAAUACAAGAAGCUCAACCGGAUCUAUAAGUUCGGAAUGCAUCUAGUCGACCUCUACCAACCAUAUGUCUUCUUCAAAGGCCGGUUCGACGAUAAGAACUUGGAAGGGCUGAGGAGGAGCAUGGCGCCGAGAGUUGACUGCGAGGUCAACAUGUUUGACUUUGACCCCAAGCACGUUGACUGGGAGCUCUACUUCUCCACCAUCCAUAUCCCUGGCGUCAUGAAGUACUCAUGCAAGUGAUAGUGAUUAUGGUCAACCCUAAUUAAUUCUAUAUUUUUCUACAAUAAAAGACUAAUGCUGUUGCUCGUUAAUGAUGAUGAUCAUGAUAUUUAGUGUUCAAAAUGGCAAUGUGAAAAAAAAUUCCUUCGAGCAUAAGAACCAUCGAAGGAGAGUAUUAAGAUAAUAGUAAAAUUAGGUCACAAAUUA